CCCAAAACACACCAAAAACACACUGUAUUCCCAAACACACUAAAAUACACAGAAAAACACCCCAAAAAAUACCACAAAACAUCCCCAGCACACCAAAACACAGCUAAACACAGCAAAAACAUCCCACAGCACCUCACAGCACCCCAGUAUGAGUGUGUUUAGCCAGCAGCUGAACCCCACCACAGGGAAGAGAGAGUGGGGGAUCAUGCCGGAAGAUUACGACUACAAGCAGGAGGUUGCCCGCUCUGCCUAUGCCGACAUGCUGCACGAUGCCGAGAGGAAUGACAAGUACUAUGAGGGUGUGCGGCGGGCGGUGGCGGCACUGCGGCGGCGUGGCGAGGCGGUGAGGGUGCUGGACAUUGGCACUGGCACUGGCUUGUUGUCAAUGAUGGCUGUGACGUGUGGUGCUGACUCUGUGACGGCCUGUGAGGCAUUUUACCCCAUGGCUAAGUGUGCCAAGAAGGGACUGGCGGCUAACGGCUGUGGCAACAAGGUGCACCUCAUCCCCAAGAGGUCCACGGAGAUUGAGGUGGGGCCGGGGGGGGACAUGGCGGAGCGGGCCAACCUGUUAGUGGCGGAAGUAUUUGACACGGAGCUGAUCGGCGAGGGGGCUAUCGACACCUACAGACACGCCAGGGACCACCUCCUCACUGAGGACGCGCUAUUGGUUCCUUCUGAGGGCACAGUGUUUGCCCAGGUGGUGUCCUCGGAGAUGCUGCAGCGAUGGAACAAGGUGUCGGACGUGAGGGGGGAUGGUGGUGAGGUGUUAGUGUCAAUGCCUCCCAGUGUGCAGCAGUGCCCAGGUGCCGCCGCAGUACAUGACCUCCAGCUGUCUCAAGUGCCUCGCAGCUGGUUCACCCCAGUCUCACCACCCUUGCCUGUCUUCAAGUUUGACUGGAGUGGCAGGAAGUGGGACUUGCCAUGCGAUGAGACUACAAGAGUGCAGUUUAAGUGUCUGAGUGCUGGGCGGUGUGACGCAGUGCUCAUGUGGUGGGAGGUGCAGAUGGACCAGGAGGGGGAGGUGGUGCUCAGCUGUGCUCCCUUCUGGGCUCAUCCUGACUGUGUGGGCAAGGAGAAGGCCAGCAGUGAGGAUAUUCCCUGGCGUGACCACUGGAUGCAGGCUGUGUACUACCUGCCCACCCCCUGCAGUGUUGCCAAGGACGCCUCCCUCACGCUGGUCUCCUCCCAUGACGAGUACAGCCUCUGGUUCAAUGUGCAGACUAUGGACGGCGAGGCGGUGUGUGAGCAGCGUCCGGUGUGUGAGUGUGGCCUUCACAUCAUCAACUCCCGGACUCGCCUGGGCCAGCUGAGUGACCCGGGCCGGCAGCGAGUGUACCUGCGUGUGCUGCGGCGCCUGGCCACCCCGGAUGCAGUGCUGCUGGUGCUGGGCGACGGCUGUGUGCUGGCCCUGGCUGCUGCUAAGAUGGGGGCGCGGCAUGUGUACGUGUGUGAGGGCAGCGAGGCGGGGCGGCGGGUGAUGGCGGCCUUCAUAGACACCAACCACCUGCAGGAUAAGGUCACACUCCUCACCGACGACCUUGCCAGCACCACCCUCAACCAGCUGGUCCACCCUGUCACCGCAGUGUUCAGCGAGCCACACUUCAGCACGUCACUGCUGCCGUGGCACGCGCUGCACUGCUGGUACGCCCGCAGCAGCUGUGCACACCUCCUCGGCCACCCCACCCUGGCCCCCUGCAGCGUCACCCUGUGGUCCCUGCCGGUGUGGUACAGGGACCUCUGGAAGAUCAGGGCACCUCUUCAUACUUGUAAUGGAUUUACUAUGGAUAUUUUUGAUAAGUUAAUAGAGGCAGCAUGUGAGGAAGCAGAUGAGAAAGUUGAACCCCAGCCCCUGUGGGAAUACCCUGCCAUCGCCCGGGCCGCCCCUGUGCCCCUGCUGACCCUUGACCUGCGCCCCCUGACCAUCCCUGACACCCCCAUCAGCAGCGAGGGGGCCCUGACGCUGCCCCCUGGUGGAGUAGUGAACGGCAUGGCUCUGUGGGUGGAGUGGCGACUCACGGAGGAGGAGGGGGAUGUGGUCACGACUGGCCCCACUGCACAGGUGGUGGUGGGGGAAUAUGUACAGUGGGACAUGUACAGCCGGCAGGGGGUGUACCUCUACCCUGCCCCCCACACCCUCCACCCAGGCCACACCCACACGCUCCACCACUCCACCUCCUUCCACCCACACAGCGGAAAUAUGACCUUUGAUUUCCGUAUUUCUUCCUCCUCUUCCUCUUCCUCUUCUUCUUCUUCUUCUUCUUCUUCUUCUUCUUCUUCCCAUACUGAACGAUAAUUCUUUAUUUCUAUUUCUUCUCCACCUUCUUCUUCUUCUUCUUCU